AAAACACAAAAAGCUGCUUAUAAUUUAUAAAUUCAAAAACCGAAUACAUACAUCCAUGUUCCGUACAGAUUUUCUCUACCUGAUGUUUCUCCAAUUUCUUUAAUAAAUAUAUAAAUCUCUCAAUUUCUUCUGUUAAUUUAUCAUUUCCAGCUGUUUAUGGGUCCAAAUUUCGAACAAAUAUUCGUCAAUUCCAUUAAUUUUACCGAAAUUUCAAUAAACGGAAUAGAUUUGUAGAAAAAUUUCUGAUUUUCAGAGUAAAUUAUUUAUGGCUGCAAGUGCGAAUCCUUCAGCGGGUCAUAGCAACGGUAAUAAUGAUAAUAAUGGCCACAGCAAUGGCGGCGGGCAGGAGAAUGCUAAUGGUGGCGCUGGAAGUAGCAACGGUGGGCAGGAGGAUUCCAUGGCGAGAUCUACCCAGGCUGCCCUCCGCCACAACCCCGGCUUGUCGGUCGACUGGUCUCCUGAAGAGCAGUCCACCCUCGAAAAUUUACUUUCAAAAUAUAACUCGGAUACCCCCAUUGUUCGGUAUGCUAAAAUUUCUCAGGCGUUAAAAGAUAAGACAGUUCGGGAUGUGGCGUUACGUUGUAGAUGGAUGACUAAAAAGGAAAAUGGCAAGCGAAGGAAAGACGAUCACAAUUCAUCAAGGAAAAGUAAAGAUAAAAAGGAAAAAGCUACAGAUUUUUUGCCAAAAUCAUCGCAAGUUGCAAACCGCUCCAAUGUUCCUCCAUAUGCUCAAUCAGCGAUGUCGAUGGACAGUGAUGAUGGAAUUUCGUAUAAAGCCAUUGGAGGAGCAACUGGACAGCUUCUUGAGCAAAGUGCUCAAGCCCUGGAUCAAAUAUCUGCAAACUUUGCUGCUUUCAAGAUAAAUGAGAACAUCAAUCUCUUCUGCCAAGCUCGAAACAAUAUCCUGGCUAUCUUAAGCGACUUAAAUGACAUGCCGGAAUUAAUGAAGCAGAUGCCACCUCUACCUGUCAAGCUGAAUGAAGAUCUUGCCAACUCGAUCCUUCCAAGAUCAUCCUUGCCAAAGAAAUCUUGAGGGGCAUCUUUUACAGGCUUGCUAAAUCGUCCUUCUGGGCCUGUUCUUUCUAAUAAAUUUAUAGCAAAAUAAACUGGAUAGUCAGCUACAGUGCAGCUGAAAUUUUCUAUCAACACCAUUGGUGGAAGCCUCCUUUUUUUUUUUUCUUUUUCUUUUUUUUCAUCAUUGUCAGAGUUAUGUUUUGUUACUUGGUGUUUUUUGGCUUUUCUUUGAGCUACUUAAUUUCAAUUAGGAGAUGGAUUGUCUAUCGUGUUAAGGUAAUCAAGAGUAUAGGACUGCUUGUUUAUUCUGUAAAUAUUUCAGGGUUUGCUAUUUUAAUGAAGACUUGAAGAUGUAAAUAUAUAUAACUUGUCUCCUAUGCA